UGUUGACAUUAUUUAAAUUACUGACUAAUGAUCUCUAAACCAGCUGAUUUCUACUUUGUUUUGGAAGCUGAUUCAUCAAACACCUUUAAGUUGAACUUGCUUUGUGAUACAGACCCCUGAAUAAUUUACCUAGUUGACAGUUAAAGGCUGCUGUCAGUGUUGGAGGGAUAUUAAAAACAGAAAAACUCAGUCAGUGGUCAUCAUAAUGCAAAAAUGAGUGCAAUAAUUUCUGUUUGAGACCUCAUUGUCAUGACAUAUUGUCAAGUAUUGUUUCAAGAAAUUUUGGGGUUUAAAUGACCACCAUAGAGAGUUUUUUUGGCCAGAUUCUGGUAUUUUUUUUAUGUCAGAAUUCUUGGAUUUGGCUCUUUUAGGCCAAAAAUAUGAAUUUAAAGAACGGUAUCUCAUGAUUCUCCACCAGAAUUAUAUUCUAGGUAUUGUUAUGAGGACUUUGAAGCAGCAUUAAGACAAUUGUGAAAGGAGAUCAAGUUUGAGAAAAUGUGUUUUAACAGUUAAAUUAAUGUACAAAAUCACAGAUGUUUUGGUGGCUAUAGUCAAAAAAAUUGUAGGGAGGGUGGGGUUGCACUUGGAGACUGAAGACUCUUGACCUCAGUAUCUCCAAAAUCCUGGCUACAGUCCUGAAUGGGCAACAUUACAGCUGCAUACUGCUCUGUGGAUAAUGAGGUUCUUUUACCAUCCGUUUGAUUAACUCCGCUGCCCACGUCUCCACUUGUAAGAGGAGCACCUGAGUUCCCACGAGGACACCCGACUCCAUGCCCUCCCCCCCUCAAAACAUUACAGCCCUACUGCCAACUUUGUGAUGCCCGUCUCCAUGGAGACCACCUCUGACUGACAGGCAUGAAGACAAGGUCCACCAGUCGCUCUGAUCCUCAAAGUCUGCAAUUACUAGUGUGUGUCGAUGGGGGGGAAUCAAAAAUGAAGUGAGGAAGAGGGUCAGCAACAGACUAAGAGGAGCAGACUCUGAGCAGACACACAAACUUUGCUCGGGGAAGUAAAUCCGGGCGGAGACACACCCGGAGAGAAACAGAAACAUUGCAGCAGGCCUUUAUCUCUCUGACUACUUGCAUCGUUUCGUUCAUGUCAGCGUGUGAUCAGCGGGGCGCUCAGCAGGAGCACGCUCAUGCCACACAAGGCAGGACGGGGAGUAAAAACACUUUAACUGGGACAGCGAGGAGGAGACCGUCACGUUCAGCUGGUGGACCACAGACCAAAAACUCAGGGAUAUGUCCCACAACACCGGAAGAGGUCAUGGGGGUCUUAACCAACUAGGUGGCAUGUUUGUUAAUGGCCGUCCACUUCCGGAGGUGAUCCGGCAACGCAUUGUGGACAUGGCCCACCAGGGCGUUCGGCCUUGCGACAUCUCCCGGCAGCUCCGAGUCAGCCACGGCUGUGUCAGCAAGAUCCUGGGCCGUUACUACGAGACAGGCAGCAUCAAACCUGGCGUGAUCGGUGGCUCCAAGCCCAAGGUGGCCACCCCGAAGGUUGUGGACAAGAUCGCAGAGUAUAAGAGGCAGAAUCCCACAAUGUUCGCCUGGGAGAUCAGGGACCGGCUGCUGGCUGAGGGAGUGUGUGACAGCGACACGGUGCCCAGCGUGAGCUCCAUUAACAGAAUAAUUCGAACAAAAGUGCAGCAGCCGUUCAAUCUGCCUCUGGAUGGAAAAGGCCUGAGUCCAGGACAAACCUUAAUCCCCAGUUCGGCGGUCACCCCUCCAGAGUCUCCACAGUCAGACUCUUUGGGCUCCACCUACUCCAUCAGCGGCUUGUUGGGUAUCCCCCAACCCAGCGCCGAGGGCAAGAGGAGCCAUGAUGACAGUGACCAGGAGAGUUGUCGGCACAGCGUGGACUCUCAGGGCAGCGGGGGCGUCCCGAGGAAACAGAUGAGAGUGGAUCACUUCUCCGCGGCCUCGCAACACCUGGACUGUGGGUUUGAUCGUCACCACUACCCACCGGACUCCUUCAGCUCCGCCUCCGGCAGCAAGACAGAGCAGACUUUGUACCCGCUGUCCCUCAUCAAUAGCAGCCUAGACGAGGCCAAGACCAGCCUCUCAACAUCCAGCUCCGCCAUUGGACGGAAUCUGACGGCGCACCAGAGUUACACCAUGGUGACUGAGCCCCUACAGUCCCUGCCGAUCUGUCUAAAACAGGAAAUGUCCCCAGAAGUGACCAGCACGAGUCCCUCCCCAAACAUGGCGGCAGCGUCCAACCUGGCAUUUGUGGAGCUGCAGGCGCUGCAGAAACCCGUGUCUGUCAGCAACAGCUGCAGCAGCAGCAGCUCCAACCAUUUCCCCAACGCCUUCAACUCAUUCUCCCAUCAUGCACCAGUGUACGGGCAGUUCAGCAGUCAGUCUAUCAUCUCAGGGCGUGACAUGGUGAGCUCCACCCUGCCAGGCUACCCACCUCACAUCCCCUCCCCUGCCCAGUCAGGAUACACCUCCUCUGCCAUCACUGGCAUGGUAGCAGCAGGUGCAGACUACUCGGGUCAGUCCUACAGCCACUCGCCCUACACCACCUACAGUGAAGCCUGGAGGUUCACCAACUCCAGCAUACUGGGUUCACCCUAUUAUUACAGCUCGGCCUCCCGCACCGCUCCACCGUCUGCUGCAGCCGCCUACGACCACCUCUAGUCCCUGCUAGACUCUGUGCUGGUGGAUCUGACUCUGAGGAACCAGACAAUGUUGAGAACUUUACAUCAGCUGACACAUCUGAUCACGGACCAAGGCAUGAAAGUCAAAACUGGAUGUGAACUUGAGACUUGAGACACAUUUUUUUUUUUAUACCCUCUCAUGGUCAACCAGGCCUACUCAUAAGUUAUUUAUUUGUCAUUACUGAUACCAUCGCCCAGGGGAAUUCAGACUCAUGCACGUUUUACACAAUUCUAACACUAAACUCCUCCUGUUUUCUGUUACGCCUGACGUCUCCUCACAUGGUGCAUAUUUUCAGUAUCGAGCUCUUUAACGCUGUUUUUGGCCAAAGACUUUCUUUCUCGCACAUCUGCAACUUGACACCACUGAUCCAGUGAAUGGGGGAUAUGCAACUUCUUUAUACUGAACUAUGCCUGCUUUUGUUUACAAUGUUUGUUUGUUUUUUUUUACUAUUAUUAUUGUGAAUCCUGUCCUAUCAUCACAAAUUAUUUCCUAUUCUUGAUCUGUGUCUGCUUGCAAAUUAAAUUUUGUGACUUGUUUUCUCUCUAAAUUCAGAUUUUAAGAGCUUUCCUGUAGUGAAACCUUAUAAGGGCGACACAUUAAAAAUCACAAUUACAACAAAAUGCCCACAUAUGCCCCUCAAAGACAAUUAAUGUAUCUGUCUAGCAAUAUGUACAUAUUGUAAAUGAUGAAUUACUUACAGGGAAGUGAUGCAAUUUUACUCAGAGAAUGGCUGGUGAGGGAGGGGAACGGUGAUUUGGCUACUAAAAACCAACAAGGCUUGAAAUACAUUUGUGUUGCUUCAAAUAAAUUUAGUUUGUUGUCAUGCUGAUGUUCUGAUGUUUGGUAAGAACUGUGACUAUU